ACAUGACCGGAUUCUCAUUCUUCCACCUCAAACAGCCUCUAGUCAUAGACUAGUGGACCCGCUACAAACAGGAAUUUAACAGUGCCUUACAAUUAACAUCAUGUUCGUGCUUACAGGAAAGAACUAUUUGCAGUUUUCUGAUUAGCAAAAACCCUCAGAAGUCUAACUCUUGGCAGAUAUUAUAUGGAAUUUAUCCAGAAAAUACUCUAGAAUUAGUUGUAUUAGGUUAUUGAGGUUACUAACGUUGGAUGAGAAGUCAUGUUGAUGGGCUACUCAAUUACGGUAUUCAAUAGCUAUACAAGUACUUUGAUGUAAGGAACUUCGUCUUGGUUCCGUUCCAAGAAUUGUUUGUUACUCAGCUCUGCAGGUACUACAAUGACACAAUCUGCCAUCUCAGGGGCCUGGCGUCCAUCUAACUCAACUGCAGUGGAUGACAGCCCAGUCCAAAACAAACCAGUGUCCUCCCGAGGUUACUCCGUGAGGUUUGGGGCUGAUUCCAGUCCAAGAAAGGCCACUUACACCAGCACUGGCCAGAAUGUUCAAAAACCAUCACCCCCUAUUACGUCCACUUGUAAAAGUAGCCCAGUUGAGCACACACCAGCACCUACCAGUAUAGACACUGCUGCUACAUCUGCAAAUCAGACUUAUACUGCUGAGUUCUAUACAACGCAAUACCAGUCAUCGUCGCUGCCUGCUUCUCCAGCCUCUGUCCCUCCUGCUGCUUUAUCGCCUCCAAGCCCCAGAGGGCCGGCUGCUGCCAGCAUUUCUCCUUCACAGACCAGAUCGAACACCGGAGCAAAGAACAUGUCCGUUGCCGCCUCUACCAUAUCCUCUGCCAUUUCUGCACAGUCUAGCCUCCAUCAGCAAGGUUCUUUCUCCAGCAGCUUCCAGUCAAAAAUGAGUGCCUCUAGCCAGUCAGUUUCUUCAGUUACAGCUGCCAAAGGUCCCACCCCAUUUGGAGGUUACAAUGAGCCACCAGCUAUUGCAUCUAAGCCACGUGUGGUCACCACUGCAAGCAUCAAGCCUUCCGUCUACCAGCCCAGUCAAGGCCCUCCUCCAGCUUCAGUUCAUACUCCAGCCCCUGCCUACCCAGCAUCCCAGCAAGAGCCUUCAAACCGUCCUCCUUGGAUAACGGACGAUACCUUUUCUCAGAAAUUUGCACCAGGAAAAUCUACCACCACUCUUACUAAGCAGAUUCUGCCAAAAGCUGCCCCACCUCCACCUGCUCCAAUUACCACCCAUGGCUAUAACCCUCAGCCGGUUAGCCAUGCCCCACCAGCACAGGUUCCUCGAGGUCUCAUCCAACGAGCAGAGCGAUUCCCAGCUAGCAGCAGGACCCCUCUCUGCGGGCACUGCAACAGCAUUAUCCGAGGUCCUUUCUUGGUGGCCAUGGGUCGAUCCUGGCAUCCCGAAGAGUUUUACUGUGCCUACUGUAAGACCUCUCUGGCUGACGUGAGCUUUGUGGAAGAGCAGAAGAGUGUGUAUUGUGAACAUUGCUAUGAGCAAUUCUUUGCUCCAACCUGCGCUCGCUGCAACACUAAAAUCAUGGGGGAAGUGAUGCAUGCCCUUAGACAAACUUGGCACACUACUUGCUUUGUCUGUGCUGCUUGCAGGAAGCCGUUUGGUAACAGCCUGUUCCAUAUGGAAGAUGGAGAGCCAUACUGCGAGAAAGACUACGUGGCUCUGUUCAGCACCAAAUGCCAUGGAUGUGAUUUCCCUGUUGAAGCUGGAGAUAAGUUCAUUGAGGCCCUCGGCCAUACGUGGCACGAUACCUGCUUCAUUUGUGCUGUUUGCCAUGUGAAUUUGGAAGGCCAACCUUUUUACUCCAAAAAGGAUAAGCCCCUGUGCAAGAAACACGCUCACGCCAUCAAUGUUUAAAAAAAUGAGCGCAAGGCUAGAAAACGGAAGAUAAGCAGCUGCGAUGAAGGACAACGUUUAUUGUACAUUUCUAAGUGAUACGAUGUGUGCCAUGGUACAUCUUGCAGCAACCCAAAUUCUUUGCUUUUGUUUAUGCAAGGAUACUGUUUGGUAAUAGAACUGUGUGAAAAAAAAAAUGCCUAAAAUGUACUGUUCUUGCAUAACAAAACACUUGAAAUAUGAUUGAUAACUUAAAUAGAGAGGGAUAAAAAAAAACCUAAAUCAGUGAUAAGAGAUGUAUCUGCGAUUUGCAGUGUACGGCUCUUCACGUUUUACUCUCUUUUUUCUGAAAACACUAUGCUUCACUGAGUUACUCACCAAAACCAGGGGUAGCCAACAGGGUGCUAUCAAGCUGGCAAACUACAAUUCCCAGAGUUCUUAGCUAAACUGUGCUACUGCACAUUCUGGCUGAGAGUAAACCUGCAAAGCUACCUGUUGGCUAUUCCUGACUAUUUUAUUUGUGUCCUUUUUUUUUUUUUCUUUUCUUUUUUUGUGGUGAGUGCAAAUUACUACUGAAAUUAUAAAAAAACAACAAAACAAAAAAAAAAACUUUUUGCUACAAUUAUUUUAGCAACACUGUGAUUGCAUUAAGAUGCAAGAAAUGAAAAAGUAUAAUAUGAAUUGUACCCUAACGAGGGGUUACAGCCUUUGCAGACCCUAACGAGGGAUUGAAAAAUAAAACACACAUAAAGCAUGGAUUUCAUACACUGUGCCUUAAUUAACCCUUUCAGCUUUGUGUCACGAUAUUGGAUCCAGUAGCAUUAGAACAGAUUUAACCCUUACUGUGAAAGAAGGCUGUGUGGUAACAUGCACUCACUGUAAUCCAUUGUAUGUUAACCUUUCGUUUUACUAGAAUUAGCACAUGUGUGUUCAAUACGUAAGUUUUAUAGGUCGUGGGCCUGGUGAUUCAUUUCAAAGGAUCACAGCCACACGUUAAGGUGCCCAUUCAGCCUGCUCUCUGCCGUUCAGCGUUUCUGAGGUUAAAACAUUUGCCCUGUGUGUGUUGUCUGGAGCGGCGUUAGUUUUGAUGAAAAUAACAAGGACUGGAGAUUGAACACAGAGCCGCGGCACUUACAGAAAAAUAAGCGUGCCAAGUAACCAGAUGUAUGGUAUUUUUAGAGACACAUAGUGAUAGUGUUUUAAAAUAAAUGAAGUGCCUCCUUGCCUAAAAAGGAAGUGUUGCUCCUUUGUUUAUGUCAUAGUUCCCCAGCAUCUCUGCAAGGGGAGAGACACAAAAUUGGGCAAUGCAGAUCCUGUCUGCCAGGAAGAGAUUGUCUCAAUAUUCUAUUCUACUGGUAGAUACACUGAAUAGUCCGUAUUUGAAUCUUGCCCGCUUUGAUAUUUAACGGUACUGUGCUGUGAUGAAUAGAUUGAUGGCUAAUGAAAAAGCGGUUAUUGCGUGUCGGUUGCAUGGUGUGUUGUGGCUCGGUACACUUGACACGGUGUCAUGGUCCACAGCAGUUAGAUUCCUAUAGUUGCUUAUUUUUGGAAGAAUCAAAUAAGUGGAUUCUUAUUUGUAUUCACUAUAUCUGGGAGAGUAGACAACAGACAAGGGAAUUCGCAAUCCAAUUAUUUUUCCAGCUCGGCUGUUUUUGGAUAAAAUCUGCAAUUCCGUUAUCGAUCGUAUUCCAUGCUCAUUUUAGUGAAUACAAAUCUGUGAGUUUUCUAGACUAAAGGGUUAAUUCACUAAACAGAAAUUUGAAGUGAACUUAAAACCAAAUUAUACAAUUAACCACAAUUCUGUGUUUAGUGAAUACACCCAAGAUACAUAGAGAGAGUUGCACAUUUCUCAGGCCUUAUUGGGCAGAAAGCUAUUUAUCUCUGGCAACAAAUUGUUUAAUUAGAUAGUAAAAUGUAAAUUAAGAUGUAAAGAAAACAAAAAUGUAGGCAAUCGAAGAUGUGUUCUGAUCACACCUCAGAUGAUCCAUAUCGUACCUUAAAUAUCUUAUUCUAUAAUAGAAUGAACCGACUCUAUCAAUGAUCUGCAGGGCUGCAUUGAGUUGAUAUAAGGUAUUUUGGGGCCAACUGGGCUACUACUUGGUCCGUAAGGAGUUAAAAAGCCGUCUCCAUCUGGGAAGUUGUGUUGAGAAUCAAACAUCUUGUAAAAGAGUUUUUGUUGCCUAUUGUUGGGAGACAGACUCUCUUUCACAUGACAGACACAGCAAAUGUUGACAAUAUAUGCAAAUGAUCCAAAAUGCGUUUACCGCGAUCAACUACAAAAACCUUACACACACACGCAUAACCCAUCCUACUCUCACCAAAAAGAAAGGAACGUGAAUGGUGGUUUAGUAGAGAAGGACCAGAAGGAAACCAUCGAGAUUUGUUGCAUAGCCACUCACCCACAUGCUCACCCACCUCGGACUGGUAGAGCAUGGUGGGGGACGUAGUCCAGAAUCAUAGAGGUCCGUGGUUUGACACCCCUGGUUUAGUGAAUAUGGCAAAUAAUGAAGGACAUUACAAAAUGCAAGUUUAGAAACAGCACAGCUGUAAAUGAUAGAAUCUCUAAGCAUUUAUGAAUGUCCAUAAAAAGUGACUCGUAAAAUUGUAGGGAAUGUGUUAAUAAAGGGAAAGAUAAGAUAUUAAACCAAGAUAAGCUCGUUUUUUGGCAGACGUUCAAUUAAAACAAACUGUUUUGAUUUUAGAUUGACUUUUCAUUGCCCGAAUCCAAGGUAAACAAAACAGGCUAGCUUCUCAAUUGAAAUAUGUUAAUUUCACGUCAAUUCUAUACCACAACAGUGAGUAGGACUUUCACAGCAAACCUCUCAUUACGUGCAAAAUCAGCACUCUUUCUCCCAAAUAGUUUGUAUUCCCUAGCAUUUAGGAACAUUUUGUUUAUGUUUUAAGUGGCGAAUCAAUUUGAACUCACCGCAGAAAUAGGCAGAUAGCAGUAAGUUAUUUAUUUUAUAUAUAUUUUUAUUAUAGGUGAUUGAGCAGUUUUUAGUUCUCAGGGUUUUUAAGCCUGGACACUGCAGAUUUUUAUUAACAGUAUUUCUGCUAAGCACUGGGAAUUUAGUAGACAUACCCAGGAACUUUGUAGUGCAAAGGGUAGCCUUCACUGGCCUUAACAGAUGCCACUAGUGCCUUUUAUAUCACCGCAAGGAAAAUUAAAGCUAUUCAACAAAUGUAUUACCAGGGCCUAGCCAGAUAUCAUAACUCCCACCUGUCUUGAAUUCAGCAGCACAGUCCUGACUUUGGGCUCCAUUACCCUGGAUUGACACUCUGCCAUCUCAUGUCUGUGGACACCAAAGACACCAUAGCUUGUGUGCUAUUAAACAUUCUCACGUGAUUCUACACCAACACAUAUUGUUCAUACAGGGGUGCUUUAUCAGAGAGCUGUGCAUGAUGAGAGCUGGGGGAAAGCCAGCAAAACUGCCCAUCAGCCUUGCACCCCAAUGGGCACCAGUGUAUAAGGUGAGCACGUUAUUACAUAGCAUACUGCCCACUCUUUCCAUCUACAUACAUCCCAAUUUUAGGAGGCAAGAAGAAUAGGUGGAAGCAGUUGGAGCUUGGAAGAGUCAUCCCAAAAAUGCUUUUACAAUAUAUUUAAUAACGCUUCUGCUAAUCUGCUAAGGUUUUAAAAAAAAAAAAUAAACUGUUUAGUAUUUUGUUUUUAUGAAAACUGGAGGAUUUACAGUCAACCUGGACUUCCUUUAAAACAUGCACUAGCAUAAUCGAACUGAUCAAUAAUUCCGUUCCACUAAUAAUUGUCACUUCGUAAUUCAGCCUCCCGCACACAGACACACUCCCAGAUCGCGAGGCAGUUGGUAGCGCUGUUUUAUAUUGAUUUAUAUAAAGGUAAUUUCAGCCAGGUGGCUGGUCCAAUUUACUCUCAAAGGACAGCUGUCCAAUAUAAUAAUCAUUUCAUCAAGUUUUGAAAGAGAAUAUAUAUGUAUUUUAAAUGAAGUAUAUGUAGAAAAUGAGAACAACUCCUCCCUAGAUUCAGUAUAUCACAGGAUCCUCCAGCCAUAGACAUACACCUUGUGUCAGACAGUUAGUCUCUAUGAUCUUCCCUGUUUCUGUGCAGGGAGUGAAGCAGGAAAAACCAUAGAGACUAUACAUAGAUUGUCCAACACUGUCUGACCCAAGGUGCAUGUAGAUGGCAUAUACUAUUAAUAUUAUUGGCAUUUAUAUAUCGCCAACUUAUUCCACAAACAUAGGGAGGAGUUUCUUAUAUUUUUACAUAUACCCUCAUUUUUUUUAAAUCUAUUUCCUUUAAAAUCUCGAUGAAAGGAUCAUUAUAUUAAAAAUGGUUUUGAGGUGGCUAUUGUCCUGUAAGCCACAGGCAUCUCUCUCCAUUCCAUACAUACUUCAAGAUUAUUACAGGGCUAGCAGCCCAAAAGAGCCAGACUGCCAGUAUUGAUACAUAUCAUAGCAUUACACAUCAGUAAGUGAUGUUCGUUCGGGAGAACUUCGUUUACAAUGUUAAAGAUUAGACAAAAUUGAAAAAAGGUAUAAGAAAUACAAAUAGGGUAUCUGGUUUUUAAUCUUUAUCAAUCAAUUAUAAUUUCAUAUUAAACCUUUUGCUGCCAGAGAACAAUUAUUAUAGCUUGCUUGUCUAAUAGGACUCGGAGAGAUAUUUAAUGGAGUGUUAGCUUCCGUGAUUAUAUUGCUUUAGCUUGAUGAACUGAUAAGUGUGUCCACUUCAUCAGAAACAGUGGCUUUAUGUCCAAUAGAAUUACCUCUCUUAAAGGGGUUGGAAUGGCUGGUGUGAAAAUCUUUGAGUUUAAUGAUUCUGUGUUUCUUUGCCGAGUGCUAUUUUUUUAUUUUAUUUUUUGGUUUGCUAUAUAUUUUUUUUUUUCUUUACUUUUACAUAUACUUAUUUCCAAGCUUCAAGUUUACGGUCAGAAGAGUUUUGUAAGGUGCCUUUUGUUUGGAGAGUGUGAAAAUAUAUAUUUAUUGUAAUAGCGAGAGCUUGAAUGUUUUUAGCAAUAUCGAAGUUUUCAAUUUACGAUGGAACGCUAAAAAGACAUGAAGAUGAGUUUAUUGUCAAAUUAGCCCACUGCUUCCUAACGUUUGCCACUUGAGUCGUGUUGUGUAUCAUUUUUUUCCUAACAUUUUUUUUUUUUAUAUAAUAGUUUUUGUUAAACUAAUAAUUUUCUGAAAAAUAAGAUUAAAAACAAACUUGACUAUUUAUAUAAAAUAUUAAAGUUAAUCAUCGGGCUGGGUGCACUACUGUGCCUUAAGGCUAGUUGAUUUUUAAUAAGUAAAUACAUGUAAGAUACAGCAACUAGCUAGCUAGUUAUCAUCAAACCAUUAUUUAACGAUUUUGCUAGUUAGAAAGAAAUACUACUAAUAAUAAUUUUUGUGUUUUAUUUAUUUGGUGUGUGAAAAUAGUAUAUACAGUAUAGGAUAACUCAUGCUUUAAAACGCGUUAGGCGCUUCAUACAAUCACGUUUUCUAGGUAGUGAUCUCACUGGGGCAAUUUAUAAUGUUCAGAGACAACUAUACGGUCAUAUUGUCUUGUCCUGCUCUUCCGAACAUAUUAUCUGUAAAAAAUUAUUGCCACUAAAAGCUGUGUUUUUUAUGUGUUGUGGAAAGUAAUAUGUAUCAUAUAUAGCAUGUUAUUUAUAGUCCCAAGAAUAACAAUUGUAUUUUCGCUAUUAUAGGUUCCUUUCAAUCACUGUCAGUAGUGUCCUAUCCACCCACCGCCCCCUUUGCUACUAAAAAUUAAAGUUUGAUUAAGAUUA